AUGGCUACACAGAAUGCCUGCAACACUAUUCCACCAGUGAUCAAAGUUGACUACAAAACAAAAGGUACAUGGGAAACAAUUGCUGGAGUACCUGUGUAUGUUUCAGGUGGGUCAAUUUCUUUUCUAGCUCUUUGCUCAUUGUAUUGUUAUAUUCUAGGAGCAUCUAAACCCACAAACGCCCUUAUGAUUAUCUAUGAUAUAUUUGGUGCUGCACCUCAAACGCUACAAGGUGCCGAUUUAUUGGCCGCUGCUCUUGAACCAUUGAAUACCGUCGUCAUCGUCCCAGAUCUCUUCAAUGGGAAAAAAGCUCAAGCGGAGUGGUUCAAAGAUCCAAGCGAAGAGGCCAAAGCCGCCAAAGCCGCGUUUGUGGAGUCUGCAUAUGCGAUUGACAGAUGGGAAAAGCUUGUUGGGGAAGUUGUCGCCGAUUGUGGUAAGAAAUGGGACGGCGUAAAGGCUUGGGCAUGUCUGGGGUUGUGCUGGGGUGGUAAAGUUGCCGCAGCCACUUCACGAAAAGAGACUCCAUGGACAGUUUCCGGUCAAGUUCAUCCAGGUCGAUUGACGAAGGAGGAUGCCGAGAGAAUCACAAUUCCACAUAUUGUGCUUGCCUCAAAUGGCGAGGAUGCUAAAGCCGUGCAAGAAUACAAAGAUGUUCUUGAAGCAGGGAACGGAGUCGUCGAGACUUAUUCAACCAUGCAUCAUGGAUGGAUGGGAGCUAGGGCUAACUUUGAAAAUGAAGACAAUGUCAAGGAAUAUGUUAGAGGGUACAUAUCAACAGUGCGCGGCAUUCUUCUCGGGGCACUUGAGGAAGUAGAUUCGUUGCUCGGAAUUGCUCACGAAUUUACGGUUGCAGUGAAUCAUUGA